UGGAAGUGAAAUGAACUGACAAAGGGAAAGUGAUGGGCAGAGGAGAAAGUGCUCCAAAGGCAGAGGAGAAGACACUCUUGGCUGCGAUGCCAAGUCCGUGGCUGCUCCUGAUGCUGGUGGGCCCUGCUGCAGGCCUUGUGCUGUCUACACCCUCAUUCCCAGUUUCCGUCUCUCAUGGUAAGAGCGCCUUGCUUCCAGUCUCGUUGAAUUUCUCUUCUUCGGUGCCCGCCUACUUCCAGAUCCGAUGGCGUUUCAUCCCCGGCCAGUGGCUGGUGUUGAUUGUGAAAGCCGAUAACUGCCAGGCAGACAAUGGUACCCGUCAGUGGUGGGACGCUUGCGAGAUCACAGUGGCGGAAGCAAAGAGAUACAGGCACCGAGCAGAGUGGUCUUCCGAAGACACUUCGCUGAUACUGCGGGAUGCCAGAGUAGAAGAUUCGGGAAUUUAUAACAUCAAGGUGCUGGCCUUGGGGGUCCGAGUGUCAGCCAACAUCAACCUAACUGUGAUCAAUGAAACCAGCAAUCCCCUCUUGAAUGGUGCUGCCUUUGAUGAUCAGAGAAGAGGGAUCUCUUCUAGCAAAAGCACAAAUGUAGCAGCAGCUCCAGUCCCUUUGGUAAAGGCGGAAUUUGGCAGAGACUAUACGGUGACCAAUAUCAUCCGACUGAGCUUAGCUGGCCUGAUUCUCUGUCUCCUCGGAUUCAUCAUAGCAGAGAAUGUUGCCUCCAGACCGCGAGAGACAAGGGUGCAUCAGAUGGAAAUUCCCUUCUCCUCCUCCCCAGUUGAGCAAUGUUUCCUGACUUGUGAAAAUCACCCAAGUUAGGUGGAUGUGGACAAAAAACACCUUGUAAAAUUUGUUGCUGAU